AUGAGCUAUGAGCAUGUACAUCCAGCAACUGAAGAUGGAACAAAUGUUCAAAAAGGUGUACUUAAACAUAUGCAUGGUCAGCAACGGAUUGCAAAUUAUAGUGGUAAUCGAUCCACUCUUCCGAACGAAAUUCGUCGCCAGCCUUACUCUCAGGUUUAUACUCGAUACGGUCAUCAGAAAACUUUUAUCUCCCGUGUCACAUAUCCCUUAGUUUCCAAUGUUUACCCAGUGGAGAUGCUUCUUCCGAUCGGAAGGACUCAGCCAUCCAAAAGUUCUGGGUUAGGAAGCCGUCAUGCAGGCACUUCAGUCCGACUUAGGGACAGGUACUUGACCACAGAUAGAUUGACCAUAUGUCAAGCAAAUGAUGAAAGAAUUAAACAAGAGAAUAAAAAUAUGGAUAGGGAAGAGCAAAUGGUUGAGGAAGAGGCUCAUAUAGGGAAAACCCAGGAUGGGAUUCAUGAGACCCGAAACAACCAAUCGAUACAUGAUGAAGGUCGCAUAUUGGAGGUUGGAGAAAUUCGUGAGCUUAAUUCAGAAAUGCAAUUUUUGCAAUACAAAUGUGAUCCAUCAAAAUUUUAUGUGACAGGAAAUCUGACGAAUGCAUAUCAAAUUGAACGACCAGAUUCUAGAGUAUCCGAUAACUCGUUGACAGACGCUGACUGCUCACUUUCCAGUUCAUUCAAUCAGGUUAGCCUUAUUAAGAGAGGGUUGCUUACAAUAGAUUUUACAUUGUUUAGUAGAGGAUGA